AUGGAGGUUAUAAACAAUUUACUUGCUGGUAAUCAACGUAAGCCGCGCACCGACACAUCGGUGAUUUCUAGUAGUUCAGGCAGCAUUCGAUAUAAAUGGCCACAUCGGCGUAGGCGCACGAAGGUCCAAAAGAGUGCGGAAGUAGAAUCCGUGCCAGCAGCAGCAGCAGCAAUAUCGGAAGUCGGCUCGGACACGGCGUCGGUCGUGUUAUACCCGGGUUUGCUGCGAGUGCCUGCGGACGAUUCCUGUGUUGUCUGCGCCAAUGACGUGGAUAGCCUCUACGCGCUGCAAAAGUGCGGCCACCGGGCCUGCCUCGAUUGCUGGCGCGCCUUCGUGGCCUCCCAAGUAUCCUCCUUUGCCAUGGCCCAUAUUACCUGCAUAGCCUGUAACUGUCGGCUGUCAAGAGCUCUCACUCUUCAGCUCCUCAGACCUCCUCAUCAGUCUCACUCCGAAACCUCAUUUACUCAGAACGCCUAUGUCGCCUUUUCGGCCGGGCAGCAGGCAUCUGCGGCAAAGUUGUACCAGCGAUAUGAAGACUUUCUUCUUCAUCAAUACCUCAUACACGAUAAAAGGACGCGUUGGUGUCCCCGUGGUUGUGGAUACGCAGUGCUUGCGAGCCACAAAUUUCGAGCCUGUCCCCGAAUUGAAUGCAGUAACUCUGACUGCCCGAAUGCGGCCUUCUGCUACAAGUGCCGAGGGCCCUGGAGCACUGAUGGUUGUGAUCACAUCUGUCAUAAGCCAAAUACUGCCGCUUCUACAUCUGUUGGAGGUGGGACCGAAGGCACCAAUAACCUCAUCGACAACCAUCGAUCUCUGCUCUCACGACUCCAACAACUGUUCCGCCUCUCUGGUGCCGUUGCAGCCCCUAUGGACGCCGCAGUAGUGGUGACAGUAGCGGGUGGAGGUGCUCAACCAAAAACGGAAGCGGAUACAAGUGGUGAUUCCAAGGAGGGUUCAGGGAGUCAGGUUCGACGUCUCUCGGAACGGCGCUUCUCCACGCCCGCUAUACCGGUCCAGGCUGCUGAUGCUAUUGGUGUGAACACCGACGAUGAAGAUGAUAAUGGGCCAGUGGAUCAAGACAUUCUCGAGGCAGAGGAGAAAACAAACCCCUACUUAAAGUACUACCGAUCUGACGUAGAUAUAUCGAAGGUCGAACUGGAACUCCCCGAUAAUUUAAACGGUCAAGUAAAAGCGUGUCCUCGGUGUAAAACCUUGCUGCUGAAACUCGAUGAUGGAUCGUGCAAUCACAUGAGCUGUUUCAUCUGCGGUUGUGAAUUCUGUUGGCUUUGUCUUCGUGAGGUUCGAGACACCCACUUUCUUAGUCCCACAGGCUGCACCUUUUGGGGCCGUAAGCGAUGGCCUUUCCGUCGACGAAUUUGCGCAAUGCUGUUGGCCGCCUUCGGUACUCCCUUCAUCCUCGCCAUAGUAACCGCACUCGCUAUGCCCGGCAUAGCAAUCGGCUUUCCUGCCUACCUUGUUUACAAGGUGGGUCAAAAUGUAAAGGGUAGAAAAUGGAAACGUCUUCUUCUCAAAACUUUGUCUUUCUUCGGAGGUCUCUUGGUUUCCCCAAUAAUUGCAGGACUGGUGGCUCUCUUCGGUAUUCCCCUGGUGCUGAUCUACGUCUACAUCUUCAUGCCUAUCACCCUCUUCUCCGAACUGAAAGUGCGCCUCAGUACGGACUCGACGAAUGCCCCGGACGUUGACCCAGAGGUAGGGUUCAAGAUCAACUGGGAUCGCGUAGGCGAGUCCGCCUCUACCUCCUCCUCUACUGUCACUGCUUCCGUCGAUACCUCGGCACCGGACGACAGUCCCAAGACGACAAAGGCCUCCAAACAUGCCCAAGCACGGUCCACAAAGUCCCUUGAAGUGCUCCACGAGAGAGCGGCGGAGUUUGAUCCGUGA